AUGUUUACAAUUAUUUAUGAUAGAGUUAAAAGAAAGCAUCAAAAAUCAAAAACAAAUAAAACUAUUAAAACAUUUUUCGCCAACAUAAAUUUAAAAAAUAAUCCAACUUCUUCAACCCCUUCAACUUCACCUUUUUCAAAGACGAAUAAAACUAUUAAACCAUUUUUCAUUAACACAAAUUUAAAAAAACAUCCAAAAACCAAAAAAUAUUUAAAAAAACUUAACAUUAUCACAAACAACGACAAUAAAAAGACCAAUAAAAAUGCCGACGAUUUGUCAAACACAAAACAAGAACAAGAAACAACAGAACGACAAUUAAAACUUAUCAAUCAUGCUAAAAAAAUUUUAAAUAAUCACGCUAAUUCAGUUUGGCCAAAUUUCUACGAGUCGCCAGAAGAACCAGCAAAAAGAACAAUGGAUGAUAUCAACGAUACAGAAUGGAUUGGAUACGGGAAAGUAUCAAUGUCGCCAUAUGAUACUGCUUGGGUGGCGAUGGUUCCUUCCGAAAAAUACAAAUCUACAAAUUUACCAAAAGAUUUCGAAUUGGCUUUCCCAAAAUGUUUAAAAUGGUUCAUUUAUCAUCAAGACGAUAAUGGUAGCUGGGCUGGCAAUGGUGCAAAAAGUGUUCUACCUUGUCUCGCUGGUCUACUUGCCCUUGGUCUUUUCUGUUCCCGUUCUGGCGAUUACCUCGAAGAAAAAUUAAAUAAUUUAGAGUUGUCUUUGUCUCAAUUCAACUCGGUUUUCGAAAAGUCUGUAAAUUUUCUUAAAAUCACUCUAAGUCAAUGGAAUAUUGAUGAAAUCGAUUAUGUUGGUUUUGAGCUAACAGUUCCAUAUAUGCUUAACGAAUUAGAAAAACUUGAACCCAGCGUGGUAUUCGAAUUCCCUGAUAAAGAAAGAAUAAUUAAAGAACAUUCUAAAAAAAUGAAUCUGAUACCAAUUGAAGCAUUAUUUGCAUUGGCAGCAAAACGCAAACCAGCGGCAAUAAUUUAUUCGAUUGAAGCUUUUGGCAACAAAAUUGAUUAUACCAAAGUUCAAAAUGAAGGUUUUCAAGCAAUAAAUGGUAGUUAUGGAUCUUCAGCUGCUGCUACUGCCUCCGUGCUUGUUAAUUCACCAAAUUGGGACUCAAAAGCCUAUAAAUUUCUACAAAAAAUUAUCGAUAGAGUGCCAGAAGACGGUACGAGUCUUGGUUAUGUGCCAACUAUUAGUGAUGCUGGUAUAUUUGAAACGUCUUGGAUGAUGCAAUCGAUGAUCGAAUUUGUUUCAAAGGUUACGAGAUUCGACAGCAAAAACAACGACAAUAUUAAUAAUAACAACACGUCAGAUAACAAACUUAUCCAAAGCUUACUUGAAAAAAAUAAAAAAACUGUUGAGUUUAUAAGACAUGUUGCCAAUUUGCAAAAUGACACUAUAAGAUGGCCAUCAUGGGAUAGCAGAAUUCCGCCAGAUGUUGAUAUCACUGUGACAUGUCAUUGGAUAAUAGACCAAGUAUUUCCUGGAACUGAAUGCGAUUUAAAAAAAUUAGGUGCCACAUUUUAUAAUGGAAGAAACUUUGUGACGUAUCCCGGAGAAAGAACUGUUUCCAUAAGUUCCAAUAUACAUGCAACAAGGUUGCUGCUUGCAAAAUAUUCAAAAGGUAAAUUCAACAGUGACGAAGACGGUUACAUUGUUACAAUGCCAACAAAAACUGAAGCUGGUAAAAAAGUAAAAAUACGAAAUGUGAUAUCUACUGUUAUACAAUUGAUUAUGGCCAAUAGAAGUGAAAAGGCUACUUGGUCAGAUAAAUGGCAUGCAAGCCAAUCAUACCCAACUUUCAAAGCCAACAACAUGCUACUAUCAUUAUUAUCGUAUCCUGAAAUAAUGGAGGAUUCCAUGUUAAAUAAAGAUAACUUACUUGAAUAUUGUGCGAAAACAGUUAAUUGGUGUCUAGAAACUCAGCAUAGUGACGGUAGUUGGGGAUUUGCUUCAGAAAUUGGCAUGGGAUCAUUGGAAGAAACAAGUUAUUGUAUUAGGUUGUUAGAUUAUUCCAGCAAAUUUUAUCCUGAUAAUUUGGAAAUUCCCAAAGCAUUGAAGCAAGCUAGACAAUUCGUUGUCAAGUAUUUGGAUGAAGCUAUGAAUGAUGAUGAAUUUUUCUAUCAGAAACAACCACUAUUAUGGAUUGGCAAACAACUUUAUUCAGUACCCAAUGUAAUAAGAUCUUCUAUAUUGGUUUCAUUAUGGGAAGAUCAAUAA